AUGAGUACAACACCACCAGCUGCUGCUAAGACUACCGAGAACGAAUCAGGAGAUGAAUAUCUGUCGCAAGAUGAGGAAGUGUUCGAUGGUAACGAUAUUGAGGACAACGAAACACGAAUUUAUGAAGAGUCCCUUGACCUGGAUUUGAAGAACAGUGAGCGCCAAGUGUGGCUAGUGAGGCUGCCGAAAUUUCUGGCAGAGAAAUGGAGACACAAGUCCAAUCUAAAUGGUCAAGAACUGGGCAAAAUUCGGAUCAACAAUGACAGCCAAACUAUCCAGAUGAUUUUGAACCAAACCGAGGAGAACAGUGAAAUUCCACACACGUAUGAUCUGGAUUUGACUAAGAAGCUGGUGGAAAACGAAUAUGUCUUCACAGAGCAGAAUCUGAAGAAGUACCAGCAACGCGAACGCGAGUUGGCCGCAGACCCAGAGAAACAGAAACAGGCGUAUUUGAGACGUCAGGAACGUGAAGAAGAGCUGCGCAAGAAACAGCAGCAGAUGAAGCGGCGCAACAAUAAACGGCGAUUCCAGAAUCGGGUCAUGACCGAUCGUGAUGGCCGCGACCGGUACAUCCCUUACGUGAAAACCAUUCCCAAGAAGACGUCCGUGGUGGGAACUGUGUGUCACGAGUGCCAUGCAAUCCCGUCGAUGUCCGACCCCCACUACCACAAGAUUGUCGAGCAGCGACGCCAGAUAGUGCGGAACGUCCACAAGCCCACAGUGACAGUUCUGGACCAAACCCCAGGGGUCACAAUGAGCCACGCCGGGAUGUCCAUGCGCUCCGACAAUUCCAAUUUCUUGAAGGUCGGUCGUGAAAAGGCUAAGAACAAUGUUCGCGCGAUCCGGAUGCCCAAGAAGGAGCUUUUGGACUAUUUGUUCAAGCUCUUCGACGAGUACGACUACUGGUCUUUGAAGGGUCUCAAGGAGCGCACUAAACAGCCCGAGGUCUACCUGAAGGAGUGUUUGGACCAAGUGGCCAUCCUGGUGAAAAAGGGUCCCUACGCGCUCAAAUACACGCUCAAGAACGAAUACAAACGGCUCAAAGAGGCCGAAAGAGCCGCCAGGCUUGGGGAAUUGGCCAAAGAUGACGACUACAACGAAGACGAGAACGGCAACGACGGCAACGAUCCCAACAACGACCCGGACAAUCUCAAUCAAGACGGUGAAGACGAAAUUGAAAUGGAGGACGUGUUGUGA